AUGACAGCUCAGCCAGCUUCAGGUUCGAAUUUCCUUCUAUUUGGCGAGUUUUCCUGGAUCUGUCUUCAGUCAUGCUUGAAUGUCUGCCCAUCUCUGAAUCUCCCAGAACCCAAAUGCUACUCAAGAAAUGUCGACAUUGGCGGAUUUUUGCUAUUCCAGCCAGCCGUUUUGAUUAUUGACAUCAUUUCCAUCUUCAUGACAAUGAUUAUGAUAUACAAUGUGAAAAGAAAAUAUAUUGCCGUGGGAAGAAAGGAGAUCGUUAUUUUUUUCUACUUUUACAUGCUUUCCCUUAUAGUUGACAUGUUAUUGGGGACCAAUAUUAUUGGGACAACAUCUUUUGUCUAUCCAGUUCGGAAAUAUGCUCGCUAUCUUUUAGUAUCUUGCUGCCCUUUAUGUGGCGUUGGUUUGCGCAUGUUUCUGGUCGCUUCUGUUGAAUGGGCUUGUUGCAUAUCAAUGGGCUGA